AUGGCGUCUAACGCCCUCAUAUCGAGGGGCCAAGCCGACUUCGAUCUCUAUCCCUAUACGCCUUCCAGGCCCGCUGGCUAUGCAUUCCUGGUGCUCUUUGCAAUCGGUGGUUUGGCUCAUUUUGUAAUGCUCAUCCCAUUGCGAAGCUGGUUCUUUGUUCCGUUCGUUCUGGGUUGCGUAGGUGAAGCAGCAGGCUAUUACGGUCGCGCCUGGUCCUCAUCCGAUAUCCGAAAUGGUAGCCCUUACCUCAUACAACUCAUGCUCAUUCUUGCGGCCGCGCCGCUCCUUGCAGCAACCAUCUACAUGACGCUCGGUCGUCUUAUCCGCGCUCUCGAUGCUACACACCACGCUGUAUUGAAUCCGCGCUGGACGACAAAGAUCUAUGUUAUCAUCGAUAUAGGCUCGUUCGUGUGCCAGAUCAUGGGCUCUGCAAUGCAAACUUCUGGUGAUCCAGAGGGUGUCAAGACAGGAAAUACCGUUGUGAUCGCGGGACUGGGCACGCAAUUGGUUGCAUUCGCUUUCUUCAUCUUAAUGGCAGUGGUUUUUCACCGGAGGCUUAACAACAAACCCACGUCCACGUCACUUCGGACUCAUGUCAGAUGGCAGCGCUACAUGUGGGCUUUGUACAGCGUUAGUGUGCUCGUUGUUGUGCGGAGUAUAUUUCGCCUGGCAGAGUUUGUGGAAGGGCCGGAGAGCAAGGUUUAUCAGACCGAAGCAUACUUGUAUGUUUUUGAUGCGGCGCUGAUGUUCGGCGUAGUGGUCAUCAUGGCAGUUUUGCAUCCAGGGGUUCUGUUUAGGGCUGUUAGAAAGGCUGAGAUGAUACCGCUUGGCGAUGAUGAUGAGAAUGGGGGGUACUUGCUUCGCGGAAACGGCUCGAAGUAA